GAAACUGAAGUGUAGUUGAGCUGUUGUGUGUUUGUGUCUCUGUAUUCAAGCAGUAAAAUGGCAGAAGCCAGAUUUUCUCAGGAUGAGUUCUUGUGUCCAGUGUGUCUGGAUCUGCUGAAGGAUCCAGUGGCUAUUCCCUGUGGACACAGUUACUGUAAGAUCUGUAUUACAGACUGCUGGGAUCAGGAGGAUCAGAUGAGAGUCUACAGCUGUCCUCAGUGCAGACAGACCUUCAGUCCAAGACCUGCUUUAGCUAGAAACACCAUGCUGGCUGAAGUGGUGGAGAAACUGAAGAAGAUCAGACUCUCUGAUGACUGUUACGCUGGAGCUGGAGAUGUGCAGUGUGACGUCUGUACUGGAAGAAAAUACAGAGCCGUCAAGUCCUGUCUGGUGUGUCUGAACUCUUACUGUCAGAAUCACCUCGAGCAACAUGAGAGCUUAUUUAGAGGAAAGAGACACAAUCUGACUGAAGCCACUGGACGACUGCAGGAGAUGAUCUGCCAGAAACAUGAGAAGAUCCUCGAGGUUUUCUGUCGCACUGAUCAGAAAUGUAUAUGUGUGCUGUGUACGAUUAUUGAACAUAAAAACCACGACAUUGUAUCAGCUGCAGCACAGAGGACAGAGAAACAGAAGCAGCUGAUGGAGACUCAGAAGACGCUCCAGCAGAGAAUCCAGCAGAGAGAGAAAGAUCUCCAGCAGCUGAGAGAGACUGUGGAGUCUCAUAAGCGCUCUGCACAGACAGCAGUGGAGGACAGUGAGAGGAUCUUUACUGAGCUCAUCCGCUCCAUUGAGAGAAGCCGCUCUGAGCUGAUACGACUGAUCAGAGAUCAGGAAAAGACUGCAGUGAGUCGAGCUGAAGAACGACUGGAGCGACUGGAGCAGGAGAUCAAUGAUCUGAGGAGGAGAGACGCUGAGCUGGAGCAGCUUUCACACACACAGGAUCACAUCCAGUUCCUGCAGAGUUUACAGUCUCUCUCAGCACCUUCUGAAUCUACAGAUGUAAAUGAUGAUCUCUUCAGUUCUCUCUUCUCGUCUGAUGAUCUGAGAGAAUCUGUCCAUCAGCUGAGAGACAAACUGGAGGAUUUCUGCAAAGAGCAGCUCAAGAAGAUCUCAGACAGAGUAGAGGUCCUUUCUAGAAUUCGGCCAAUAGUGGAACCUCGGAUUCAGGAGAAGCAGUAUUCCCAUCAGUUCACUCUGGAUCUGAACACAGUGAAUAAACUCCUCCAUCUGUCUGAGAACAACAGAGUGAUUACUAAUACUGGCAGAGAUCAGUCGUAUCCUGAUCAUCCAGACAGAUUUGAUGAUGUGUAUCAGGUGUUGUGUAGAGAGAGUGUGUGUGGACGCUGUUACUGGGAGAUUGAGUGGAGUGGAAGUGUUCGUAUAUCAGUGUCAUAUAAGAGCAUCAGCAGGAAGGGACGGGGUAAUGAGUGUUGGUUUGGAUCUAAUGAUCAGUCCUGGAGUUUGUUCUGCUCUUCAUCCAGAUACUCAUUCAGACACAAUAAGAUAAAUACUUCUCUCUCUGUGAAGUCCAUCAGCAGGAGAACAGGAGUGUUUGUGGAUCACAGAGAAGGAACUCUGUCCUUCUUCAGCGUCUCUGACAAAAUGAGCCUCAUCCACACAGUACAGACCACAUUCACUCAGAUGCUCUAUCCUGGGUUUUGGAUUAAUCCUGGAUCAUCAGUGAAACUGUGUUGAUGAAUCAGAAUAGACUGACGAGAGAUUCUACCCAUAAUGCUUUGAGCUGCAUGAUGAAUCAGUAACAGUCAGAUGUUAUAGAGUCUCUUCUUCUUUUCUCUUCAUGACAUUAAUACUUCUGUCAGUGAAAUAACAGUCAGAUUAAAUGUAU